AUGGGAAGCACCUUUUCGUCUGUGAAUUCUCAACUUCCACAUGAAUGGGAAAGGACAAGUGGAGUGGAAUAUAUGGUGACAACUUUGAAUUUCACAUGAUGCAUCCCCAUUUCAUGCUUAUCUUCUUCACCUUUCUUUUGGGUUAACUAGGUUUUCUUGCUGUCCUGCUGCCCAUCUUAGGCUCUGGUCGGCUAACUCAGUAAACUAAUGCAUGUGAAUGUAUUACAGAGACAACAUGCACUUGGUAGGACCCAGUUCUGCACUAAUACUGUAUGUGUCAAAAUUUCAAUGAUCCAACAGCACUUUGUUUCUGUUAAUCAUUAAAGUUUAUUGUACAGUAUAAAGUACGGGUACUCAUCUUAGACUUUACUUCAAAUUAUGCAGUCUCCUCUGGUUUUGUAACAAACUCUUUCUCAGAUAACAGAGUUUUGCUCCAGUUGAAUCCAAUGGGAAAACAUGCUUCGGUUCUGGCAUUUUACAUAACCAUAUGCUGUAUUGCUUUUGUAAUAUCGAAGAUUAUAAUCGCAGUCCUCAUCUAUAGGCGAUGGAAGAGAAAGCACUUGGUUUUCGAACAUGGCUUCUCAGGUGGGAAAAUGGUUUUGUUCAGGGCACCGGUAAUGCAAUCUCUGAAAUCAGAUGUGUUCUUAAAGAAGACGCUGAAGUUAAGCAACAAGGACAUCAUUGGCUCAGGAGGGUAUGGGACAGUUUAUAAACUUACAAUAAAUGAAACCAUGGCCUUUGCUGUGAAAAGACUGAACAGAGGAAGUGCAGAUAGAGAUCGAGGAUUUGAGAGAGAACUCGAAGCAAUGGGGGACAUAAAGCACCGGAACAUUGUGACUCUUCAUGGAUAUUAUACUGCUCCACAUUAUAACCUUCUCAUAUACGAACUGGUAGCUAAUGGCAGCUUGGAUGGAGUACUUUAUGGAAGAUCAAUGACCAACAAGCGUUUAGAUUGGCCGUCCAGAUACAAAAUAGCACUAGGUGCUGCAAGAGGAAUAUCAUACCUUCAUCAUGAUUGCAUCCCUCACAUAAUCCAUAGAGAUAUCAAGUCAAGCAAUAUAUUGUUGGAUCAAAACAUGGAGGCUCGAGUGUCUGAUUUCGGGCUGGCAACUUUGAUGGAACCGGAUAAGACUCAUGUUUCAACACUAGUAGCUGGAACUUUUGGAUACUUAGCUCCUGAAUAUUUUGAUACUGGAAGAGCAACAGCCAAAGGGGAUGUUUACAGUUUUGGAGUGGUUUUACUAGAGCUUCUAACUGGUAAAAAGCCUACAGAUGAAGCAUUUGUUGAGGAAGGAACAAAGCUUGUGACGUGGGUGAAGGGAGUUGUUCAGGACAAGAGGGAGGAGUAUGUACUUGACAGUAGCUUAGGGUGUUGUCCAGGAGAUGAGAUUAACAAUGCCUUUAGCAUUGCACUAAUGUGCCUUGAACCAGAGGCUUCCAAGCGGCCUACCAUGGCUGAGGUUGUCAAGAUGCUUGAGCAGAUAAGAAGUGACAAAGUUAUAGAUACUUGAAUCAUAUUGUUAGUCUCCUAUUUGCACCAAGUUAAAGAAAAAGAAAAUUCUUCUUUGUUUAAGACGAUUUAUUGAUUUUGAUCCGUCUGUUUAUGCUCCUCUAUAUGGGAGUCAUAGCCAUGUCACCAAGAGCUUUUUUCAUCAUCUCUCAGAUGUUCAGAAAUGAUAAGCAACUGAUAAUCAAUUACAAAAUUC